AUGGCGCCUGCAGGGAGAAAGACAAACAGCCCGAGGCGCCGCGGGUCAGCAGAGGCGGGGGCGCCAGAGAACUUCCCCGCUCCCCGACCCGGCCCCGCCUCAUAUACAGACCUGGACCUGCGGCCGCCGCUCGCGGUCCGCAACCUCACCGGGGAGCGGCUUCCGGUGCUGUCUGCGUCAUCUCCUCGCGCCCCUCCGCCCGGGGCGCCCAGCGGAUGCGGACGCACUUCCGGCCCCCGCCUGGUGGGCAUACUUCACCAAGAAGUCAGCAUAAAGACAAAGGGUCAGUUUCAAGAGGUACACAAGGUGACAUUCUGCAGACUUUGGACUCUCCAGUGGUGUUUCAUUCUGUUUAAUGUCAUCCUAUUUCACGCCUUACUUUUUGGGGCUGAUUUUGUGGAAGAAUACUUUCUGCAUGCUUUGCCUUAUGUAGAUAUGAAGGUUCUUGAAAUUAAGGAUAAGGCAAGAAAAUUGAACAUGGUGCCUCUAAGAAGUAAUCUUUCCAAAUAUUAUAUCCUGAGCCCAUCAGAGGUGUGUAAAGGGAAGAACAUAUUUUUGCUCUCUCUCAUCUUCAGUAGCCCAGGAAAUGGAACAAGGUGGGACCUCAUCAGGAAAACCUGGGGUAAUGUGACCAGUGUCCGAGGGCACCCCAUUCUUACACUGUUUGCUUUGGGAAUGCCUGUUUUGGUAACUACUCAGCAAGAGAUAGACAAAGAGUCACAUAAGAAUAGUGAUAUAAUUGAAGGAAUCUUCUUGGAUAGUGCUGAGAAUCAAACCCUGAAGAUCAUCACAAUGACGCAGUGGGCUGUGACUUUCUGCCCUAAUGCCCUGUUCAUUCUCAAGGUUGAUGAGAAGAUGUUUGUUAAUUUACCAAGCUUGAUAGACUAUCUUCUCAAUCUGAAAGAACACCUUGAAGAUGUCUAUGUAGGAAGAGUUAUCCAUCAGGAUACACCCAACAGAGACCCUGAUAGUGAAGAAUUUGUCCCUCUUAGCGAGUACCCAGGAAAGUAUUACCCAGAUUAUUGCAGUGGUGAGGCCUUUAUUAUGUCCCAAGAUGUGGCUCGGAUGAUGUAUGUGGUGUUUGAAGAAGUACCAAUUAUGGUGCCUGCUGAUGUGUUUGUAGGAAUUUGUGCCAAGUCCAUUGGCCUUAUACCCAUCCACAGUUCAAGGUUUUCUGGGAAAAAGCACAUCAGAUACAGCAGAUGUUGCUAUAAGUUCAUUUUCACAUCCUCAGAAACUACAGAUGCCGAAAUGCCUCUGGCAUGGAAGGAAACUAACAAUGGGAAAGAAUGCACACCGUUUGAGACUUACUAUGGGCUCAUUUCCUGCAAAAUUCUGACAUACCUUGACAGCUUUAAACGUUUUCACAUGGGUACCACAAAAAACAAUGCCAUGUAUUUUAGUGAUUAG